AAACAAAUACGAUAAACACAUUGUGCACCAUAUCGAUGGAUGACAUCGACUGCUACUGUGCGGUUCUUGAAUAUUUGGAUUUUGUCGAUAGUUGUCAAACCUCAGCAUCAUCAAAAUGGAAGAAGCAGGGGCUGUAGGGUGCUCACACUACAAAAGAAAAUCAAAAUUCGUUUGAUUUGCUACUUUCAGACGCCAUGCUGCAACAAAAUUUAUACAUGCCGCUUUUGCCACGAUGAAAAUGAAAGCCAUGCUGUGAACAGAAAAGAUGUCACUGAGCUAGUAUGCACAAAUUGUGAAACUCGGCAGAAGGUACAAGCUGAAUGUGAGAAUUGUCAUCUGCGAUUUGGGAAGUAUACAUGUUUGGAAUGCAAACUUUUCGAUGAUGAAGAAAAAAACCAGUAUCAUUGUGAUGGGUGUGGAAUCUGUCGAAUUGGUGGUAGAGAUAGAUUCUUCCAUUGCCAGAAGUGCAACAUGUGCCUUCCUAUCAAACUAAAGAACCGGCACAAGUGUGUGGAAAAUGUGUCUCGAGCAAAUUGCCCUGUGUGCCUUGAGGACAUCCAUACAUCUCGGAUUCCAUGCCACAUUCCAGAAUGUGGCCAUCUGUUACACAGAACGUGCUUUGAAGAUUUGCUUCAAGCGGGGCACUAUGCAUGUCCAACUUGCCAGACAUCUCUCCUGGACAUGACCCAGCUUUGGGGAUUCCUUGAUGCUGAGGUUGCAGCAACUCCAAUGCCAUCAGAAUACAUAAACUAUAGAGCAGAAAUUUUGUGUAAAGACUGUCAUAAAGAAUCCACAGUUAAGUUCCAUGUUGUCGGCCUCAAGUGUUUGCACUGUGGUUCUUACAACACUUGCAGAAUUAAAGGGUCUCUGAUACCUGGUGUAUCGGGUACGUCUGGUAAGAGGUAAUGAGAACCAGGGCCCAGCUCCUGAUGAAGCGUCCGGAGCAUCAGGAAUUGUGCGGGACACCACAGAUGGACAAGAUUCAACAGAGUGCACUCAUUCAGACGCAUCGGGCACCCACGAGUCAGGCGAUGUAAGUGACUCUGAGACUAUGGGCAUUACUGAAACAGAUUUGGAACUCAGGAGUGGAACUGAUUUAGAAGUGGCAGAUGACUCUGAUAAUGGUGAUACAGCUGAUGAAGACACUUCAAGUCCAGUACUAUGUAAUGUUCAGCCUGCUCGUUAGCUCCUGCUUUGUAGCAGUAAUAAAAUUUUGACAGUGGAUAUAUGGGAAGCGCACUUUGAAGUGUCAUAUGCUUAUUAUGUAAUAUAGUUACAAAACAUUUUAAUAUUUAAAAAUUGUUGAACAAUUUGAGGUUCCUUAGUGACUUGAGCAGUCUUUUUAGUAGUUGUAGCCAUUGAUAUAGUUUUUCAGAAUGACUCAGAAAAAUAAUUAUGUGCCACACGCCUGAAUACAAAUAUGAAACUGAUAGUUUUUGAGACAUCAAAGGAAAUCAGGUUGAAUGACAAGAUUCUCACUUCAGUUUUACUCUACUUGUAUUGGCACGUUGCUUAUUCAUGCUACAUUGUCAAACAGUUCAGUCAUUAAGUACACCAGUGCAAUAAGUUUGAUGUAAUGAUGAUUUUAUUUUCAAGGCUACAAAUUGAAAAUUUAAUUGUAUUUUGUAAUUUGUUGGUAUCUGCCUUUUAUUUUGUGGCAUAUUUUCAGUGGAGCCUUUACCCAGUUCUUUUCUUUUCUGUAAAAUGCACUGCCACAGGGUUAACUUUUCUGCUUUUAAGCAAAUACUUCAAAGAACGCUACUCAAAUUCUACAAUGUUGUUCUGAUUGACUUUUAAAUACAUUGGAAUUAAACAUUAUUUUUACCACGAGAGACAAUACUUGCUUUUGUGCUAUUCACUUAGCAGAUCCAAAUGGGCACACUCAAACUGAAAAAUGCUUGAGGUGGAACUAAUCUUCUACAAAGUAAAGGAAAGUUGUAGUUGUAAAUGACCUCCCCACUACACACCAACCUUGCCUCAAGGCAGCAUAUCUUAAAUUUCCAAAUUUAGUUGCCUUACACUAAAGAAAAUCAGUGUUGUGAAGCAGAUAUGAAACGAACAAGAAAACACUUAGGGAAGUCUUUUCAGCAGUGAAUAUAGGGUAUCUAAAAAGAAAAUUGUCUUUGUUUUACAAUAUUACAGCAGAACAGUUUAAUUUGGAGGAGAGGGUGACUGUGCAGCAUGGUAUAUACUUCCUGUGCUUUUCAUGCUAUAGAAAGUCCAGUCAUUGACAGAUUUUUCUUUACUAAGACAUUAAUUUACCUCAUCUAUGGUGUAACUUAUUUAUAAUGCAUAAUGAUGAAAAGAAACUUCACAGUAUAUAAAGUGAUAGUUGCCCAAUAAAUGUAAAACUCUUAUCUAUUCGUAUCGUAAUUCAGAUGAAGGAGAUCAUUGCCAUAAAUAUUUCUCUUACAAUUUUUGACAUUAACAUUCUUGCAUUAUGUUGGUAGGUAAGUGAGCUAAUGAUAAUCAGAAAGCCAGAUUUUUACUUCUUCCCACUGACACUCAAAAGGAGCUUUUAUUUGCAAAAAUGCCACAGUAAAUGACAUCAGUUAAUUUUUAAAUGACUUGAAAGUCUUUAUGUGGCUUCAAACAGAAAUCGAGGAUGAAUUACUUAGCAUUUGUCCUUAGAGUAAUAUUUACACACACCUGUAUAGAUUAUGACUUGUAAAAGAAAUAUUUCCAAAAAAUCAUGAGAACUACAUGUUUAAAAAUGUUUAUUUUGUACAGUUUUGAAAAUAGGUCUCUUUGUCUUAAUGUUUGCUGUUUGUCAUCUUACCCUGAUUUCCUGGGAAAGUACUGCUUAUGGUAGAAAGCGUUUCUGGUUUGUUAUUUUGUUGUCUUUGUAUUCCUAUCAGGUGUUUGUGAAACAAUGUGCCUUGAAUUUCAGUGUACAUCACCAAUAGGGUGUGGAUCAUUAUUGAGUGCAAUUCUUUAUUCAUGAACUUGAAAGAAUCCUGGGAAAUUAGGUCACAUUUUAUCAUCUUUUGUUUAUUGUACACAACAGUUAAUAGUGACAGGUGCUAACUAUUGAUUGUUUUGUGUAAUUGUUCUGCCAUUCUGUAGGCCCUUUUGUCUUUCUUAAUUACUGUAUUCUUCCAAUCAGAUUAAAAUAAUAGUUCACAAAAAUGAAGAAAAAAUGUGUAAAGUGUUCAGAUGGACAAGCUGAAUUUCUGAAGUGCUGCAAAUUCUGCCUCUACAAUGUGCUAUGAUAUUUGGCUCUUCAUGUAAUUUUGCUUAUCAUUUAACAGCUAUUCUCACUUUUCUUUAACCAUUUGUUCCAUAGUUAUGUAAAAUGUUGACCUUUCAUUUAAGAAUGUGCUCUGCAUGGCAAGUUCUCAUGGAGCGUAUAUUGUGCUUUUUGAGAAGCUUAAUACAGUAUGUUAGUUGAAGGGGAGAGAAUGGGUUUUAAAUAAGUUUACAAGAAACUGAGAUGUUAAAAAGCAAGAGGGUGCCAUGGAUAUUAAAAGUAAAAGAAUCCAGAAUAAAUGUUGUCUGAAGAAAUGACCCAAAUAUUACCAUUAAAAAUGUUUUACUGGUUAUAUUAGAGAAUUGGAAUAGUUAGGAGAUUCACAGUAUAAUAGGAGUAUAAUGGUUUAUAAAGCAGUGCCACAAGUGAGUAUAAAAGAAAUUAAAUUGAAAGAAAUGAACAGGUUUUUGUAAGAAAUAAAUGACUAAAUAAAUGGAAAUCAGUGCAAUAACCUUAUAUCAAUCAUGUAGGACUUUUGUAAGGAACUGCAACAUGUUUCUGACAUGUUUAUGACAAUAAAAGCUCAAAUAGAACAAUUACCUGCAUCAGUGACUGAUGCAGAUAAUUGUUUCAUUCAAACUUUUAUAAUGUGUGCAAUACUUUUUAUACAUAAGUCAUUCCACCACCAACAGAGAAGAGCGUAUAAACUGCCUCUCUCUCUCUCUCUCUCUCUCUCUCUCUCUCUCUCUCUCACACACACACACACACACACACACACACACACACACAUUCAUUGUGAUUUGUAAUAAUACAUUGAAGAAUUGAGGCAUACAGAAAUGACAGGAUUCAGCAGAAACACAUAGAGAAUGAAAGAAAUGGGUGCUGGCUGCAAAAUAUAUGCAAAAUUAAAAGAGGAGAACUCCAGCAAAUCAGCUAAGAAACAUGUUGUUUAAUGGUCAUUAACUGUUCUUCUGUUAAAUACCCUUCACCUAUCUCUGCUAGUUCCUUUUUCCAUUGUUUGUGCAAUUUUUUUAAUGUUAUCUUUUUGGGAUUUUUAAAUAUUGUUGUUUUAUUUUGUACAAUGUCAGUUGCAGUGAUUGUUGACAUAUAUACUUACACAAUACGAGUUGUUGAAUUUUAUUUUGUGUAUUGUUACCAAGAUUUUUUUGGGGGGGAGGGUUUGUUAAAUGAAUUUCUUCCUCAAAAUAAGAGAAGAUCUGUUACUUUUGUGUAAGUGCAACAUAGAUCAGUAGUAUUUUGGAACAUUCCCAUUACUGAAAACUAUUUGUAACUGGGAAAUCUGUCAGACCCAUUUUUCCUUCCCUUUUUCUAUAUAUAUACUUCUGACAGAUUUUCGAGGCUUCAGUUAUUACUAAGAUCUUUGUGAACACAUGUUCUUUUCCUCUCUUUCUCUCCUGAAGCUACUCUAAUAAGAUUUUAUAUUUACUUUAGAAUUUUUAUAUGUCAUAACAGAGUUUAACUUCGAGGUUUUAACUGGUAUUCAGUGAUUUCAUUAUUUUAUAGCAUGGACAUUACUGAGUUUGGUGCUUUGUGUGAUAUUUGCUAUAUUCUUAAGAAAUUAGUAGGAGCUACUAAUGAAUCUUCUGUAGAACAUCAUGUAAUUUUAUUGAUUGUUGAAUGUGGUAUAAUAUUUUGCUCUUAUUUAUACAGCGAACCAUGUGUUGAUUAAAUAGUCAUUUUUUUCCCUCUCCAGUGAAUUUAGUCGCUCAUAAUUUUAAAGGGCUAAGUGUAAAUAUAAAUGUUAUCAUUGUUGUUCAGUGCCUUCCUGUUCGGCAUUUGUCUAACCUGAAUGUGUGAAUUAACUCAUAAAAUCAGUAUUAUGCAACUACAUUUCUCUCUAUGGAACUUUUGUUGUUGAUAUUGGUUUCUUAUCUGUACCAAAAAAUAGCCUACAGUUAAUCAUUGCAUCACACACUAGUGAGAAAUAGAAUGGUAUACAAACUAGGAACUAGUUAGCAUCAGUAUAUUGCAUUAUAACUGAAGAGUUCUGUUUGGUCAACAGUUAUUGAUUGUAUGAUUGACACAACAUGAAACUGUUGCAAAACAAGCCUCAUAAAAAUAAGUGCAUGGUUUUCUGCUGGUAUUAAGCUAUUCUUAAUGCUGCAGUUCAUGCUGUUCUUGUACUGGAUGUAUUUUUGCAUCCCAUAUGUUUGAAGCACAGUGUGAGUAAUGAUGUAAAGUACAUCUGAGAAUUAUGUGAGUAAUUUAUGUUGCAUAUUUCUAAUUACUACAGAAUUUUUAACAUUUGACUUUUCUUGCAUGUGGAUGUAAAUUUUACACACAAGAAAUAUAAAAUUUAUUUAAUUCAGUCAAAUGGAAUAUUUAUGAAAUUUCAGCACUCAAGAAAUUUUUGAAUAAACAGUAGGCAAGGUCAUUCUGGGACACACUGACAUUCAACAGCAAUUAUGACUUUACCUGUCACUUUGCUCACACCAUGUUAACAUGGUGGUGUGAGCAUGUUUUCAUGUAUGCUAUUGCUCUAGGGGACUAUAACUGCAGAUUGUAUCCUUUUUUUUAAAAUAAGAUUUUUGUACUGAAGAGCAAAAAGAGAGAGACAGAAAUGAUGAAAAGGCCAGAUAAUGAUAAAUAACAGGAGUAUGACUGCCUUAAAACCACUGCUAAAUUGGCAAGUUUAUGUAACUAAAUAACAAGGUUAUUUUUAA